CUACCGGCUUUGCUACCGCCCUCUCCAAGGCGGGCGGCUUGAUGCCCUCCAUGCUCAGGCUGUAAAGGACCCUACAGCUGUAGAAAGAGCAAAUUUACUGAACAUGGCUAAAUUGAGUAUCAAAGGACUCAUUGAAUCAGCUUUGAGCUUUGGCCGCACUCUGGAUUCAGACUACCCACCUUUGCAGCAGUUCUUUGUUGUCAUGGAGCACUGCCUGAAGCAUGGCCUUAAAGUAAGAAAAUCCUUUCUAAGUUACAAUAAAACCAUUUGGGGUCCUCUGGAACUUGUGGAGAAAUUAUAUCCAGAAGCUGAGGAAAUAGCAGCAAGUGUCAGAGAUUUGCCUGGCCUUAAAACACCACUGGGCCGUGCCCGGGCCUGGUUACGGUUAGCACUAAUGCAGAAGAAAAUGGCUGACUAUCUUCGCUGUUUAAUCAUUCAGAGAGAUCUUCUAAGUGAAUUUUAUGAGUAUCAUGCACUAAUGAUGGAGGAAGAAGGAGCAGUUAUUGUUGGGCUAUUAGUUGGGUUAAAUGUCAUAGAUGCUAACCUGUGUGUGAAGGGAGAAGACCUAGAUUCACAAGUUGGGGUGAUCGACUUCUCUAUGUAUUUAAAGAGUGAUGAUGACAUUGGGGGUAAGGAAAGAAAUGUACAGAUUGCUGCAAUUUUGGACCAAAAGAAUUAUGUUGAAGAACUAAACAGACAACUGAAUAGCACAGUUAGCAGUCUACAUGCAAGAGUUGAUUCACUAGAGAAAUCAAACACUAAACUAAUCGAAGAGUUAGCGAUAGCCAAAAACAAUAUAAUUAAACUUCAGGAAGAAAACCAUCAAUUAAGGAGUGAAAAUACUCUUAUUUUAAUGAAAACACAGCAUCAUCUAGAGGCAACUAAAGUGGAUGUUGAAGCAGAACUUCAGACAUACAAACACUCCAGGCAGGGUUUAGAUGAAAUGUACAAUGAAGCACGUAGACAGCUUCGAGAAGAAUCACAACUUCGACAAGAUAUGGAGAAUGAGCUAGUGGUUCAAGUUAGUAUGAAACAUGAGAUAGAACUUGCCAUGAAGUUGCUGGAGAAGGACAUCCAUGAGAAGCAGGAUACCCUCAUAGGCCUUCGACAGCAGCUUGAAGAAGUUAAAGCGAUUAACAUGGAAAUGUACCAAAAGCUGCAGGUUUCUGAAGAUGCUAUGAAAGAAAAGAAUGAAAUAAUUGGUCGAUUAGAGGAUAAGACCAAUCAAAUUAAUGCAACUAUGAAACAACUAGAACAAAGAUUGCAGCAAGCAGAGAAGGCUCAAAUGGAGGCUGAGGCCGAGGAUGAGAAACUUAAACAGGAAUAUGUGAAUAAAUCUGAAAGUCUGCAGAAAGAAUUCUCCCAGAAGGAGAAACAGCUGCUUCAGCUGGAAACAGAUUUGAAGAUAGAAAAAGAGUGGCGGCAAACCUUAGAGGAUGAUCUUCAAAAGGAAAAGGAAACUGUAUCUCAUCUGAGAAUAGAGACCCAAGAAAUAAUUAACCUUAAAAAAGAGUUCCUUAAACUUCAGGAAAAGAACAAGCAACUAAAGAGGAUAUGUCAAGACCAAGAAGCUGCUCUCCAAGAACUGGCAUCCAAGCUGAGCGAAUCAAAGCUGAAAAUAGAAGAUAUAAAAGAAGCAAACAAAGCAUUGCAGGGCCAGGUUUGGUUGAAGGACAAAGACGCUACACAUUGCAAGUUAUGUGAAAAGGAAUUUUCUCUCUCCAAAAGGAAGCAUCAUUGUAGAAACUGUGGUGAGAUCUUCUGUAAUGCCUGUUCUGACAAUGAACUGCCUCUGCCUUCUUCACCAAAGCCUGUUCGGGUCUGUGAUUCCUGCCACGCAAUACUUAUACAGAGGUGCUCUUCUAAUGUGCCAUAAGAUUGUUUUACAAGAUAUUUGUUACCUUUGGGUAUUUAGCUAAUCCUGUAAAAAGAAAUACCAACUAAAGAAUGUACAGCAGUAUUUCCAGAAUUUCAGGUAAGCAGUUUAGAGUUGCAUUUUCAAGGUACCAUGGAGGAGUUACUUGUCUGCUUCCUGUUGAAACAAAUAGAGAAAAUGGGACCCAAACGUAGAAGAUGCGCGUGUUAAAAAUACAGAUGACAAUGUUAGUCUAACAAAUGGCUGAGAAGCUCUUUUGGAGGAAGCAGGGCAGUUUAUAGAGGAUGCUCAGUGCUAACGUAUUUGAUGAGUAUCUUAGUCGUUAUGAUGAUCUCGAAAAAGGUAAUACACUUACCUGUUUUUACAGGCUAGUCUGCAACAAGUCCAACCUAGUUCUGCUGCAGAAUGUGCCUGUGAUACGCUGUUGUGAAGGAAAGUUGUGCAGUAGCUGGUUUUAAAUGGUAUUUAAAAAACAGUAAUGCAAUUAAUGCAGCGGUCCGAUAAGUUAUUGCCAAAUACCGUAUUUGUUUACUUCCCCUCAAUUGUCAAGAUUUGAUACAUCCAAGAAUAUUGCACUGACAGCUCUGUUCUUUGUAGUCACAGGUGUAAGGGGAGAUUUUGUCAGGCAGGUAACAGAGUGCCUCUAGGCACUUGAUGAAGGAAGGUGCAUUUUGCUGAGUUGUUUUUUAAAAUUAACUAUUAAUUUGACAUAUCUGUGUUUCCAUUAAAAGAGAGACGUCCAUCACAAAAUUUUUGCCUGACAUUGCCUGUAACCUUGAACAAAUAUCUUUGCAUUAUUUUCAUGUAAGUCACGCUUUCAAGCUUGUACAUGUAGUUGCUGUAUAGCUCUAGAAGCAGAGUGAAUGUGCCACCAAGAAAGACUAGGAUUAAAUACUGGGGGCCACGUCCUUUCUGUGUUGGACAGGAAGGUUCUUCCUUAUUUUGUCAUCAUCUUUCUCGAACUUUCAGGGUUUGUUCCUAAACUUCAUUUUUUUUCCAGAGCACUUUUGAGUACAGCUAGGUCUGACCACUCUUCACACUGAUGGUAACUUCUGCUGGAACGUAAAUCCUUAUUCUUCCCAUAGGCAAAUACAAAUACAUCCUUUGAUAAAUUGUCCUCACGUCCAUGUCACUGCACUAGAGCCAAUCUACCCUCUUCCCUUUAGCUGCUCAGGCGAUGGGGUCCAGCCGUGCAAUCUCCACGCUCCUGUCAGCACUGACGAGCCAUCAGCAGAAUUAGCGGCCCGGUAGUUCCUUCAGCCAAGGGCUUGGAAUAUUCUUACUAACAGGAAAAGGGAGGCUUUGAAACAGGUCUUUUAAUUGUUCUUGCACUUUGUUUAGCUUAGCUUUGUCUUUUGAGGAUAGGUAUUUCGUUAAUAUUCUAAAAGCUAAUACAGCUGUUCUUUUUAACACCUCAGUGGAGUUGCUUAUGUAGCUUUUGUAAAGGAAAAUGUUUUUAAAAUUACCUGAUGUAACUUUUUGUAAAAUACAGAACACUUGUAAAUCUGUAAGUAGCUUUUGGAAAAAAAUAAAUUUAACUGA